AAGAAAAAGAAAAAAUGGAUUAUGAUCCUCUCGUGGAUUCGGGAAACAAGGGCAAACAGUUUAAUAUCGAAAGCGAAAAUUCAGUAGCAGAAGAGUUUAAAAAUGUUCCUUUUAAUAUUCGAGUAUCCGAUCCCAAGGCCGAAACAUACAAAGACAUGAAAUUGCAAGAUAAGGUUGGUGAUUAUUUUGAUAAAAAUCCUAUAGUAGAAUCCAUUAGCUAG